AUGCCUGGCGUUUUCGAGCGCCGCCACGAGGGGCCAGACUUGAUCGGCGACUUCCUGGCGCGGGCCGCAGCAGAUUUGGAUUUGGAGAGCCAGGUCGCCACCGUUGCGGAACGCGGCAGCGUCGAGGUCGACGCGUACUACGGUUCGGAGGUCAGCUCCUCGCGGGUCCAGGUGGCUCCGAAGCAGUGGGCUCCCCAGGUGCGCGCGGCCGACCCAGAGCAGCCAUUCGUCCAGAUCGAGGACUACGCGAGGACAGAGGUCAAGAUGUCGACAGUGAAGCUGGCGCCCCAGCGGGCCGUGAAGGCGGGGGCCGAGACAGAUGCCAUCGAGCGAGAGGUGACGAGGCCGACGAUCAACGAGCUCGGGGACAUCGCCUGCGCGAAGGCACCCGCGGCGGGGAUGCCCCCCGCGCCGCUGCCGGCCGCGGCCAAGUCCGCCGCGUCCGCGCCCGCCCCGGCGGCGAGCGAGGGCGGCAGUGGGCGCGGUUCGGGGGCCGAGCUUAUGGGUGCCAGCGGCGGUCAGAACGCUGGCGACGCUGCGCCCGCGCCCGCGGCAGCCUCCAUGGCCUCGAGGGCUUCGAGCAGCUUCGUCGCCGACCUCGCCGCGGACGAGAGCGCGCCCGCCAGGCCGACCCCCGCGACGUUGGCGCGCAGCGUGGCGAGCUCGCCGCCGACUGAGGGCGCGCCGCGUCUCGAGGCCACGCCGCGCCCGCCACCGCCGUCGCGGGCCGCUCCAGGGGGUCGGCGGGCUCGCGGGCGAGAUCGGUGGAGGUCUCCAGUGCCGAGCCUGGCGUUGUCGACGGGCGACUCCGCCACUGGCAGCAGGGCCAGCGGGGGGCCGCCAGGCUCGGCGGAGGAGGCGCGCUUCGACGGCUACGAGUCCGACGCGGUGAUCCACGAGAUCUUGGACGGCAGCCCCAGGGGGGGCAGUGCCUGCGGCCUCGAGCGCCUUGCCGUCGGGGCCGUCAAGUUGCAUUCGAAAGUUGAGACGGCGAGCGCCCUGUCGUUAAACCUCUUCGCCAUGGAAUGGAGACAAGUUCUCGCGUGCCGCAGGCGGCUCUCUCAGCUGGAG